AUGGCUCUAUCACUCAAAGGCAAGACAGCAUUCAUCACAGGAGCUUCUCGUGGAAUCGGAUUAGAGAUCGGAAAGUUAUUGGCAAGUAAAGGUGCAAAUGUAGCAGUUGCAGCAAAGACAGCAGAACCACAUCCAAAGCUACCAGGUACAAUUCAUACAGCCGUUGAAGAAAUCGAACAAAUCGGAAAACAGCACAAACAUGACUCCGUUCGUGGAUUACCAUUACAAGUUGAUAUUCGAGAUGCAGAAAAAGUAGAAGAUGCAAUUCAAAAAACAAUCGCAAAAUUUGGCAACUUGGAUAUCGUUAUCAAUAAUGCUUCUGCAAUUAAUAUGGCACCUACCGUUGAUGCAAAACCAAAGAGUUAUGAUCUUAUGAAUUCAAUCAACGUAAAGGGAACUUGGCUAGUCUCAAGAUUUGCUUUACCUCACCUUCUCAAAUCGGCCGAACAAGGUAGAAAUCCACACAUUCUCACCCUUUCGCCUCCUUUGCAUAUGAACUUGUUUCAACCUUUUACACCAAAUCGAUCAGAAGAUUCAGGCGAACAAUUCAAACAAGUAGGCGCAGCAUACUCCGUAUCAAAGCUCGGCAUGUCCAUUGCAACUUAUGCAUUAGCAGCCGAAACGUUCGGUAAGGUGGCCUGUAAUACACUUUGGCCGUACACUCUCAUCGGAACAAGUGCGAUGAAGAUCGUUAGUCCAAAUGCAGAGAUUGAAGAACGUAGAUGGAGAAGUCCUUCAAUCGUUGCAGAGGCUGCUAUCAGAAUAUUGGAACAAGAUGCAAAAACGUUCAGUGGACAGAUGUUAGUCGAUGAACUAUACUUACGCCAGCAUGGAUUCAAUAAUGAGCAAUUGAAAGAGUUCUCUCUAGGAGGUCCAGAUAUCAAAUUUGAAGAAUUGGCAGAAGAUCUAUUCAUCUCCAAAACACUUCGCGAUGAAGUCGUUUCAAAACGUAACGCAUAG